AUGCUAAUGGACGAGGAACAACUCAAUUUCCUUCUCUAUGCAUAUGAUAAGGAGAUUGAUAUCAAAGUGAAUACCGUUAAGUCCUACACAGAGAUCAAUUGUAAAAUGUUUGAAAUGAGGCUAAAUAUGAUUUUAGCUCGUCUUCCUGAUUCUGUGAAGAAUAUGACUGUUGGAGAAUUCCAAGAAAAGUAUAACGAAGAUGUAAACACCCUCCUCAAGACCAGAGCUGAAGAAAACAUUCAAGAGCUAGAAGAGAAAUUUGCUAAACUUAAGAGUUCCGCAUCCUCUCACAAGACUCCAUCUGUAAAUAGGUACCGUGCUUCAGCAAUGUUUCCACCUCAAUCUAAUCUUCAAACACCUCAACACCAACAAAAGAAGAAGAAGACAACUAACUUUCUCAAUACUCCACUCAACCAUAGCAGAUUGCAAGCAAAUAAAAUGUAA